AGAGAGAGAGAGAGAGAGUUGAGAAUCGAGAUGGGAAGACGUCCAUGUUGCUCCAAGGAAGGACUCAACAGAGGGGCUUGGACUGCCAUGGAAGAUAAAUUACUCACUUCUUACAUUAAAGUCCAUGGAGAAGGCCAAUGGAGAGACCUCCCCAAAAGAGCUGGUUUGAAGCGAUGCGGGAAGAGUUGCAGACUGAGAUGGUUGAAUUAUCUAAGACCAGACAUCAAAAGAGGAAACUUUUCCCAUGAUGAAGAAGAGCUUAUAAUUAGACUUCAUAAGCUUCUCGGCAACAGAUGGUCUUUAAUAGCUGGAAGGCUACCUGGGCGAACGGACAAUGAAAUCAAGAACUAUUGGAACACAACUCUGGGAAAGAAAGCUAAAUCUCCAUCACCUGAACAAAAUCCCCCAGCCAAAUCUAGCCUGAAAAGGCAAGUCUGUGAGUCCAAAGCCGAUGGGCCAUCAAAUUUGUCACUCUCUGAACCAAGUGAUAAAAUCGAAGUCAUCCGCACUAAGGCCAGUCGGUGCUCCAAAUCUGUGGUUUCGUUAAUUCAUUCGCCUUCAAGUACGGAUCAAAUUGACCAAUUACAGCUUCAACAUCCCCAAAGUUACUUGACAUAUCAACCACAAAACUCCACUGAUCCCAAAGAUUUUGAGGAGAUGCUUAGGGCUUAUGACGCAACUGUGGAGGCGUCAAGCUACAACUACAACAAUAAUAUUAUGCAUACAUCUCUUGAAACUGACCAGUCUCUACAAUUUGAGGAACCGAUAACCGAGUGUCGGAGCACGAAUUUCCUGGAGGAUAACGCCGCGAUGAACAUAGAAUCAUUGGCAUUCUUAUUAAAUUCUGAGGAAUGGCUGUAAUAAUAUCGACAAAGUUAAAAAUGGAAACCAUGUAAACUAGUGAAUAAGACAUUACAUGUGAUGCAGUUCUACUAUUGCUUUUAAUACAAUUAUAAGUAUACAUAGUAUUA